GGGUUGAAAAAGAUUUUCAACCAGCUCACUGUUUGACAUUUUUGUUAUAGAGAUUUGAGAUCAACAACGAAUGUAAAAAGACAGAUCAAAGGAUCAAGAGAAGACAAAAAUCUUAGUUUGGGCCAUAAGGAGCUAAUAAAUUGGGCCAGAAGCUCCCUGUUUGGUUCUCGACAAUCAUUCUUCUUCUAUACAACUGAAUCUGAAAAACAAUUCAGAAUCAGAAAACCUGGGAUAGAAGCAAAUCUGUUAGACACUGAAAAUAUAGAACAUAUAUAUAUAUAAAGCAUUCGAUUCUUGGGGGGGCAGUUUGUUUUUUCUUAAUCUGAUUUUAACCUUAGAAUUACAUUCUGUUGCAAUCUUCCCCACUGUUUGCUUAUUUUCUUUUCUUUUUUGUUUUUUACUCCAGGCAAGCUUCAAACUUUUAUAUGAAUUAUUGAUAUUUGGAUAUUACAUUUUCAAUAGCUCCCUCCUCUAUGGAGAUUCUAGAAUUUGAAGUUCGGUGAUUGGUUUUUGAUAUUUUUUCUGGAAUGAUUGUGGCUUUGGGAGGUAGUUUGAUCCAUAAAUGACUUCGAGAGAAAUGAAAAGUGAAGCUUGGAGGUGGGGCUUAGGUUUGUUUUACAUAUUGGCCGUCGCGUCUAUAUGGAUAUCUGCUAGUUUUGUGGUACAGUCUGUUGUUGAUGCAGGUGUUUCACCAUUUCUUAUAACAUACAUUUGCAAUGCCUUAUUCCUUCUUUACAUUCCCUUGGUUGAAAUUGGACGGUAUCUGGAAGAUAAUUGUGGAAGUUUAAUGUUCCGGAGACAUAGACGAAGUCAUUUACAAGAGUUGGGAGGAUCAGAGCAAGCUAUCCUUCUUGCAGAUGGUGUUUUAGGUACAAGAGAGGAUGGAUCAAGUCGAUUCUCACUUGCGGAAGAGGGAGAAAUUGGUCACGAGAUCCCAGAUGGUUCACAAUCGGAAAAUGAUUCCAUCGAGCAUAUUAAGACUUUGCCUGAACAAGGUGAAGUUGCUGACAUGGGCUUAGAUGCAAAAGGGCGAUGGACACGUACUAGAGUGGCUAAAGUUAGCCUGUCAAUAAGCCCAUUUUGGUUUCUUGCUCAACUGACUUUUAAUCUCUCACUGAAGUACACUACUGUAACAUCUAACACCAUCUUAAGCAGUGCGUCCAGCCUUUUCACGUUUUUGGUAUCUUUGGCAUUCUUGGGUGAGAAGUUCACUUGGAUAAAGCUUGUGAGUGUCCUCCUUUGCAUGGCAGGAACCAUUAUUGUCAGCUUGGGUGACUCUAGCAACUCCAAGAAUCUAAGAAUAAUUGCUUCAAACCCUAUUCUUGGAGACAUUCUGGCUCUUCUCUCAGCUGCUUUCUAUGCUAUAUACGUUACACUUAUUCGUAAACAGUUGCCUGAUAAUGAUGAAAAGAGUGGUCAUGCCAGCAUGGCACAAUUCCUGGGAUUUCUAGGGCUUUUCAAUGUAUUAAUAUUCCUUCCCGUGGCUCUUAUACUCAAUGUCACCAAGCUAGAGUCUCUCAACACAUUAUCCUGGAAGCAGUUUGGCCUGAUUAUAGGGAAAGGUUUGUUGGACAAUGUGCUGAGUGAUUAUUUAUGGGCGAAAGCUGUUCUUCUUACCACAACAACAGUAGCAACAGCUGGUCUUACUAUUCAAGUGCCAUUGGCAGCCAUCGUCGAUACGAUAAUCGGCAACACUCCUCAUCUCAUGGAUUACCUGGGAGCUGUGGCCGUGAUGAUUGGUUUCGCAGGAAUCAACAUCCCUUCUGAUUUUUUUUGUAGAUCUAAAGAAACUACAAUUGAAUUAGAGAAUGAAAAUAUUACUUUAGCUAAUCAAGAGCAUACACCAUUGCCUCUCCAAGAAACAAUUCCUAUUGACUAACGCGUCAUUGUUGUUGUUAUUCCAGUUGCUGCUGUAAAGUUACCACAAGGUAAUUAUUUUGAGCCUAUAUUGUUUUCUUAGGUUAAAAUUUGAAUCUUUACUAUUAUAAUACUACUGAUUUAGUCCUCUCUAUUCCCAUUUAAAUGAAUUUAGUCCUUUUAUUUUUUAUUAAAAAAUAAAUUUUAGGGAGAA